AUGCAAGUAUCGCGCACAGUCUACCGCGCCGCUCUCCUCCACCUAUCCGUCAAUUCCUUCGCGCGUGCCUCGAUCCCAGCUAGUACUACUACCUGGCCAUCCCUCAACGCGGCAACGACCCACGCACCAAACACCCGACUCUACAGCAUCCUCUUCCCGCAGUGCGCAACCACAUUCAGACCAUCAGACUGCACGCGCCAAACACGCACAAUGUGUGACUCAAGCUCCAACUCCGCUGCUGCAGACGCUGCAUCCUCAAACCCCGCCACCCAAAACCCAGACACCCAGAACCAAGAGACGCAAGAACAAGAACAGGAAAACCAACCGAAAAAGCCCCUCUACCUCCCCGCCAGCGAUCCCUUAAAUCCAAUCUCGAACCAACAAGGCGAGGGAAGCAUUAAACUUGACAUGAGCAGCGGCGGGACGGAGGUGAAAUUGGAUCAUCUGGGUCCGAUGGUUGUGAAUGUCGACGGGACGUUAUCGCAGAUUGGGAACUGGCAGCAGAUGACCGAGAUUGAGAAGAGUAAUACUCUGCGUGUCCUUGGGAAACGGAAUCAGAAGCGCCUGGCGGCUUUGAAGGCUAAGGCGAAGGCGGAGGGAGGGUCUGAUGAGGCUUGA